CCGCCCCGCUCUAUCCCUGGCCCUCAGCCACUGGCUGACUCGCUUGAUCUGGAUCAGGUAUUGGCCAGCCAAGACGCCGGUCAGGAAGAGUCCCCACCCUCCUGUGUAGUUAUUCACCUGGCUGUUAAGACUGACAGGAUACUGUAGUUGGCUCCAUCCCUGAGGCUACGUGGCGCCCUUCCUGGGAGCACAUACCCGGUGUCCUCUGAGGAGCAGUGGAGCCAACUUGAGGACUCACUGAUCAUGACUUCUAUAAAGGAGCAGGCAGCAAUUAGCCGGCUCUUGAGUUUUUUACAGGAUUGGGACAAUGCUGGCAAAGUCACAAGGAGUCACAUCCUCAACAAUUUCAUUGAAACCAACCAAGGCAAGACUGCCCCUGAGCUGGAACAGGAGUUUUCCCAGGGAGCCAGCUUGUUCCUGGUCCGCUUGACCACCUGGCUUAGACUCACCUACAUGACUGGCUCACGUUUAGAUAAGCUGCUCAGGUCCAUUGGCAUCUUCUUAUCAGCUGUAAGCAGUAAUCGAUAUCUUAUAGAAUUUCUUGAGGUUGGAGGGGCCCUAACACUCUUGGAAAUACUUACACUGAAGAAGAUCGAGGAGGAGGACAAGAAGGAAUCCAUCAAGCUACUUCAGGUUAUCGCAAACUCCGGCAGGAAAUACAAGGAGCUCAUCUGCGAAAGCUAUGGUGUAUGAUCCAUAGCAGAAUUUUUGGCAAAGUCUAAGUCAGAAGAGACCCAGGAAGAAGUGCAGGUUCUGUUGGAUUCUUUGAUCCACAGUAAUCCCAAGUACCUGAAUCAAGUGUACAAAGGUCUAAUAGCUUUGCUGCCCUGUGCGUCCCCGAAAGCUCAGCAGCUGUCCCUGCAGACUCUCAGGACUGCCCAGUCGAUCAUCGGGACAACACACCCCGGCAUUGUGGACGGCGUGCUGAAGGCGCUGCGUACCAUGCACCUGGAAGUCCAGUAUGAAGCGUUACGAGAACAAGACUUUCUUCUUUGUUUUUACCAGUUUCAAGCAGCACACAAAACCUGAGGAUAGACAACAUCAUUAUUAUUACAAUAAAACAUAUUUUUAAAAAUUAUGUGUCUCAGCUCCAUGCCCUUUACAAGGUCAAGCAAAUAUUAAAAGAUUUCAGUUUUAAAACUACAGCUUUUGCCCCGUAGAACCUUGUGCCUUUGUUUCCUCCUCUGA